AACAGCAACUAAUAUCCAGUUACCCACCACUACAGUGAAAAAUUCUUUACAAUUUUCAAAUACCCUAAUCGGUUUUUUCAUAUAUCUGAAUUUGGUUUCGGAUCUUGGCCUUUUUUCCAUUUCUUCUCUGUCGAAUUUCGCCAUAGUAGGUUUAAUUAUCAUAAGAGAAAGCGGGAUCGGUCUGUAGCUUGUGUGCAAUCGAUCUUGGAUGUUAAUCUUUGCUGAUAACUCCAAGGUUUCUGAAAAAUUUAGUCGCGGAUCUUUCGGGAAGAUAUUGACUGCUCUUUGGGUCGAUUUUCACUUUCAGGGAUUGAGAUAAGUUUGAUUGAAAAGAAGAAAGGGGAUGGGAGGUUCGAAGACGGAAGGGGCGACCUCUUCCUCAAUCCCUUUAAUUACAAAUCGUAGAGACCCAUAUGAGGUUUUGAGUGUUUCAAGAGAUGCUUCUGAUCAGGAGAUUAAAUCUGCUUACAGAAAACUUGCUCUCAAAUAUCAUCCUGACAAAAACGCUAGUAAUCCUGAAGCCUCAGAGCUAUUCAAGGAGGUUGCCUAUUCUUACAGCAUUCUAUCCGAUCCAGAAAAAAGAAGGCAAUAUGAUAAUGCAGGAUUUGAGGCUAUUGAUGCUGAAGGAAUGGACAUGGAAAUCGAUCUAUCAAACCUUGGAACUGUGAAUACAAUGUUUGCAGCUUUAUUCAGUAAGCUUGGAGUCCCUAUUAAGACAACGAUUUCAGCCAAUGUUCUUGAAGAAGCUUUAAAUGGGACAGUUACAGUUAGACCUCUUCCAAUAGGAACAUCAGUUAGUGGAAAGGUAGAAAAACAAUGUGCUCAUUUUUUUGGUGUUACAAUAAGUGAGGAACAAGCUCAAUCAGGGAUAGUUGUUAGAGUUUCUUCAGCUGCACAAAGCAAAUUUAAGCUGCUUUAUUUUGAGCAAGAUAAUGGUGGAGGCUAUAGUCUGGCAUUGCAGGAAGACAGUGACAAGACUGGGAAGGUGACAUCAGCAGGAAUGUAUUUCCUUCAUUUUCAAGUUUACAGAAUGGAUUCCACUGUUAAUGCCUUAGCAAUGGCCAAGGAUCCUGAAGCCGCUUUCUUUAAAAGAUUGGAAGGUCUUCAACCAUGCGAGGUCUCAGAACUAAAAUCCGGAACUCACAUAUUUGCCGUUUAUGGAGAUAAUUUUUUCAAAACCGCAUCGUAUACAAUAGAGGCCAUUUGUGCGACAACAUACCAAGACACAACUGUUAAACUCAAGGACAUUGAGCAGCAAAUUUUAAGAAAAAGAACCGAGUUACGCCACUUUGAGACCGAGUACAGACAGGCUUUGCAACGAUAUCAAGAAGUGACCAACCGAUACACCCAGGAAAAGCAAAAUGUGGAUGAGCUUUUAAAACAAAGAGACAGUAUCCAGUCAUCAUUUACAGUAGGCAGAUCGGUGGUUUUAGGAGGUGGUAGCAGUCAAUUUAGUAGCAAUGGAACAGGAGGAAGUAAUAGUAAAGUUAGUGGUGGUGAAGCUGAAACCAGCAGCAGUCCAAUUGGUGAAGAAGAUGGAAAGGCUUAUAAUAAUAAUAAUAAUAAUAAUAAUAAUAAUAAUAAUAAUAAUAAUAAUAAUAAUAAUAAUAAUAAUAAUAAUAAUAAUAACAAGAAGAAAUGGUUUAAUCUCAACCUCAAAACCUCAUCCUCCUCCGAUAAGAAAACCACCGGUUGAUUCUUUUUUCUUUGUUGCCUUUUCAUACGUUUAUUCAUGUCCAUAAUGGGUUGUUGUUAAUCAUCAAUAUUUGUUAUCAGAUCGAAAUUCUUUACUACAGAUUUGGAUUUUUUUAGUAUUCUAUUCAUUCUCCUUUGUUUA